CCCUUCAAGGUUGUCCUUAGUAUUUAUGGUUAUUUAAACGUUUUGUCACAUGGUUCUACUCAGCUCGUUGCACUAACAGGUUAAUUAUAUUCACCUUCAACGUUCUUCAUAUCUACAACGUUAAAAUUUCAAAUUCGUAACUACGUGUUUUGAUUGAAUUCUAUGUCUGUAGUCAAGUUUACAUUAUCUAGUGAUGACCAAGACGGUGUUCCAUGCCCAGAUUCUAUUCCUUUGAAAGUUGAUGAAAUAACAAAAAGUAUAGUCGGUCAUCUUAAAACUCAGUGCUCAAAAAUUCUCUCUGGAAGCUGGUCUGAUACAAAUAAUUUCUGUGUUGAGCUAUCGAAGAGUUGUGGACUAAGCAAUUAUCUAUAUAUUGGAUAUUUAAAUAAUGAUAUUAUUUCUUCGGAAAAUGAACCACGUAAAGUACUUAUUCGAGUAUAUGGUGAAGUAUUGAGAAGUUGUACAGACUCGAUUAUCUCUGAUUCAGUUAAUUUUGCAUUACUUUCGGAAAAAAGGAUUGGGCCUAAACUUCAUGGUGUAUUUCCCGGUGGACGAAUUGAAGAAUUUAUCGAGUCCAGACCUUUAACUACACAAGAACUUCCACUAGUUAUUGAAGUAGCAGCACGGCAUAUGGCUUCUUUCCAUAAAUUAUCCAUGCCAUUUUCAAAAACCCCAUCAUUCAUAAUAAGAAUGUUUGAUAAAUAUCUUAGUCAGUUGACAAGCACACCUGAACAUUUACAUCGUCCAUCUCCAAAUUUUUCUUCGAAUACUUUAUCUGAAUUAGAAUCAAAAGGUUUCUCUUUUGCUAAUGAUGGACAUAUAUUGACGGAACCAUCUUACGAAGAAGCUAGAAAUAUGGUAUAUGAAUUAUCUCUCAUAGAGGAAUAUAAUUGGAUAAAAGAAAAAUUUGAAGUUCAUUAUGCUGAAGUAUUCCCAAUUGUAUUUUGCCAUAAUGAUUUCCAAGAAAAUAACCUACUUCUUUUAAAUGAUCCGAAAGUUGAUAAGGUCUAUCGUAUUCUACCAAUCGACUUCGAAUACUCUGGUUAUAAUUAUCGUGCUUUUGAUGUUGGGAAUCAUUUUAAUGAGUGGUGUUAUGAUUACACGAACCCUGAUCAACCAUAUUAUUUUCACAACAUUGAAAAUUACCCAGAUCGUUCAAAACAAAGGCUUUUUUGGAAAGCAUAUCUAACUGAAACUUAUUCAAAUGUAGAAAAUGAUCAUUUUAAUAAAAGAAAUGGUAAUUUCAAUUGUGUUGAUAAUUAUGAACAUAAUAAUAAUAAUGUUGUUCGAUUUGCUAAUCAUCAUGAAGAGGAUUGUGAUUAUGAAAAUUUAUGGAUUGAAACAAUCUAUGGUUCAUUAUUAUCACAUUUAUUUUGGUCUGCAUGGUCACUUGUUCAAAGUCAAUUAUCAAGUAUUCAGUUUGAUUUUAUGGAUUAUUCUAAAGUUCGUAUGAAACAUUAUCAUCUUAUAAAAUCUUGGUUACCACGCGAACAUUUGUGAAGGAAACGCACAUAUCCGAAUUUUUACUCAUUUGUUUGUUGCUUUUUUAUCACAGGAAAUAGAUAACCAUUUGUUUAGUAUAAUUCCUAGGAUAAAACAAAUUAAUUAUUCACAUGAUAACAAUGAUGAUCGUAACUUUCAGCUAAUUUAUCACUGGAUUUGUGCUUUUUGUGUACAUUUGUAAGUGUUUUACUAAAAAAAAAGCCUGGUUUGUUGCAUAUGUGUGUCUACACGUUUGCUACCGUAUUACACAUCACCCGGUUAGUAGUAUUUCGAAAAAAAGACCACAAUCUGUGAUAUUAAUGAGCAAAUUAUUAUUAUUUUUUUUGUUAGAACAAAGUAAAUAACUUAAAUCUUUAUUCUUGAGUAGCGUUUUCAUGCUUUUCUUACCUUUAAUAUCCUUUAUUUCUUUUCUAGUCUUCCAAUUUACACUUGUAAUUAUCAUUUUAAAUUGUUAAUCAUAUAUUUUUGUCUGUUUGCUUGUUUAUUAUUUUGUUUCUAUUUAUUUCAGUUGUUUUCUUCGUAUUGUUAUUUACUAACAAAUUCUACUAUUUUUGAUAUAUCAACAUAUUUACAGACAAAUAUUUCCAGUGCUUUAAAAACAACGAUAUAUACUUUUCGAUUGUUAACUUAUGGAUUUUCGUAAUACUGAAUAAUUCUGUCUUCAUUUGAUAUGCAUAUUAGAAUACUU